GAGGCUCCGCCUUUGCUGUCUUCGCCCGGUUUGGUUUUGCCCCUCCGGCCUGUGUCGUGCGCUGAUCGGGCCUCGUUGCGUCGGGAUGAGCUACGCUCUUUCUCCAUGGAGACCAAGCGCCCUGAGAUUCCCGGCAGCGUCUUGGACGACCUGUGCAGUCGUUUUAUUUUGCACAUUCCAAGUGAAGAACGAGACAAUGCAAUUCGAGUCUGUUUUCAGAUUGAGCUUGCCCAUUGGUUUUACUUGGAUUUCUACAUGCAGAACACACCAGGAUUACCUCAGUGUGGGAUAAGAGAUUUUGCUAAAGCUGUUUUCAGCCAUUGCCCUUUUUUACUCCCUCAAGGCGAAGAUGUGCAGAAGGUUUUAGAUGAAUGGAAAGAGUACAAAAUGGGAGUGCCAACUUAUGGUGCAAUCAUUCUUGAUGAGACCCUUGAAAAUGUGCUACUAGUUCAGGGUUAUUUAGCAAAAUCUGGCUGGGGUUUUCCAAAAGGAAAAGUGAAUAAAGAAGAGGCUCCACAUGACUGUGCUGCCAGAGAGGUAUUUGAAGAAACUGGUUUUGAUAUAAAAGAUUAUAUUAAUAAAGAUGACUAUAUUGAAUUAAGAAUCAAUGAUCAGCUAGCACGAUUGUAUAUCAUCCCAGGCAUUCCAAAGGACACAAAAUUUAAUCCUAAAACAAGAAGAGAGAUUCGGAAUAUCGAAUGGUUUUCAAUUGAUAAAUUGCCUUGCCAUAGAAAUGACAUGACACCAAAGUCGAAAUUAGGUUUGGCACCUAACAAGUUUUUUAUGACCAUUCCUUUCAUCAGACCCUUAAGAGAUUGGCUUUCACGACGGUACGGAGACUCUUCAGAUAGUGACAAUGGCUUCUCAUCCGCCAGUAGCAGCACACCACCUAAAUCCAAUAUAGAAAAACAAAGAUCCAAACUCCAUUAUAGUCAGCAGGUGUUUACAGAUACACCUGUGGGAGACCAAUCAACAAGGCAGAGGCAAUUACAGCAACAAAAGCCAUAUAACAAUCAUUUGGAUAUGCCUGAAGCUUUAAAACUAAAGAAUGCACGAGGCAAUGGCAAAAAGCAGUAUCAAGAUAUUCCUAAUCAAAAAAAGAGAACAAAUGGAGUUCAGAAUCAACCAGCCAAACAGAAUCAAACUUUGGUAAGAUGCACAAAGAAAUGUGAAAAGAAGCAUUUAAGAAAACUUCAAGAUAAUUUUGAAACAGAAACAGCGUAUGAUUUGUGCUGCCUCAGCGAAGACCAGCAACUAGACCGUGGACAAUCGGUGUCAUGCAACGGCCAUUGCAAAUUCUCUUUCUCCUCACGUGCUUUUCUGAGCUUCAAGUUUGACCAUGAUGCAAUCAUGAAAAAUUUUGACUUCUGAAGCUUGGUUGUUUGGACAAGCUGGCUAGAGUCCUGGCACAGAGCGAUUGAGUGGGUUUUUAAAAUCCAACUUUUACAUUUUCUCAGGUUUUAAAGCAAUGCAGGGACCUAGUGGUGGACUGGAAAGUCUUGUUCUCAUUGUAAUAUGGGAGUAGCACCAUACAGUGUUGCACUUUAAAUGCAGUUUAGCUUUUACCUGCAAAAAUGCUUUCCAGUAUAUCAUUUAGUAGUUCCUAGCUAUGCAUUAGUGGGCAUUUUUAAUUCAUUUGUUGUCUGUCUAGAUUUUGGAGGAGUAUUUUACCCUUGGCCGUGUUAACCUUUUACACAUUUAAAUUACUCUUAUGUAUCAUAUUGGUUUUUUUGUGAUAUUUUGCAGUACAGCUGCUGAAAACCCGUACAGAUUUUCUGAAGAGUACCAUAUUCUGUACUGAGCAAAGGAGCCAGGUAUUGUAUGAUUCAGAAUGUUGAAAAGCAACCUUUUGCUCUGAGAAUUGUUCUGCCUGGGAUCUUAUAUCAUUCAGAUCAAUGUAUUUCCCCAUCUUCAUUGUUGCACUGUACUGGAACUUUUUUAAAAUAUAGGCAUGCUUUAAAAUUGUAUUACUAGUGUGAUAUUUUAUCUUACUUUCUAUUCAGUAGUUGUGUUGUUUCAGCUCCAAUGGAAAGAUGGUGGUGAUAUUGGAAUGUGUCUAAUAUAACUUUUUACUGUUCCCCAUGUGUGAAAUGUCUAAGCUGUUUCCAACCAGAAUUACAGAUACUUUGAAAAAUGAAAAUGUAUGUUUAAGGAGAUAAUUCUAGCAGAAUUAGAAUUAGUUUUUGGAAGUAGUACAAAAGAAAAAAAACAUUAUAUGAAAUUACAUGGCUUAUAGCUUUUGUGGCAACCAAACUAAGGAAAACAUACGCUAGCCAAUCUCAAAGCCCUAUUAGUUAUGCUGCCUAUGACAGAAGUUUCAUGGAUGGUCUAAGGAAGUUUUCUAGUCUAAUUAGGAGUUUAAAAUCUCCUCCUAAUAGUACGAGAGGGAAUUAAUUAUACCAGCUUCAGAUUGGCAGAACUGAUAGCCUGAAUCAGGAAAAAGCAUCAUUGAAUCAUUUUGAUUGAAAGCUGAUUCUUUUCCCACCUUGGAACACCAUAUAUUGGGACUGUAUGCCAUUUACUGCCUAUAGCAGUGGUUCUCAACCUUUCUAAUGCCGCGACCCCAUAAUAUAGUUCCCCAUGUUGUGGUGACCCCCAACCACUUAUACAUCACCGGGUGACAGGGGCGUGGCCAAAGAAAAGGGGGAAAAAUGGCAGACAGCCUUGUUUGGCGACCCCCGUGAAAUGGUCGUUCGACCCCAAAUGGGGUCCCGACCCACAGGUUGAGAACCACUGGCCUAUAGAAACACCACCAGUUGACUUAGAAGGGUUUCCACAAUAAUGGAAUUAUUGGCAGAAGGGCACCACCACCCUAUGCUAAUGCCUUCAUUCAAACAACAACAAGGACGUUUGUUUGUACUGUUCACUAGGUUUGUAUCGUUUUCUUCCAGUAUUUUGGUCUGUCUUAAAAUUGAGUUUGAUUUCAGAGUAGUAGCUCAACCAUUGUGCUACAUCAGUGAAAACAUGGAGCGAAUAGCAACAAGCAAUAAAACCUGAAUUUAUAGUCCUAGCCCAAGGUGCACUGAAGGAAUGUCUAUAAAUAUAGAUUGCAUAAAACCUGCUACUGAAUUUUGUUUCCUCAGUGCUCUAGCCUUAUUAUGACAGUUUGGAUUCACAAUAUUCACUGAGGUUUCUGAAAUUUAUCUAGAGUAGGCUUGAAAGUUAAGUGUAGCCCAUUCACUUGCAAAAUUCUUGCAAUAUACAGUUUUCUGUUAAGGAAUUGUACAAUGAAAUUUACAUGUAACUAUCAUAAACUUCUUGUUCAUAAUAACAAAAUAGAUGCAGAUUAAUUCCCAAGUAAAUUCAGUUUUCUUUAUUGAUCAUUUUGUAAAUAAUUGAAUUACAGACUAACCUGGUUGCUAUAUGCCUGCUUACUGUAUCCAGCAUUUAUUUCAUAACAUGAAGUUAAUUGGAUUUGCAUUAUCUGUUAAAAGUAAGAUAGUUGAAAAACUGGUGAUGAAGAUGCCGUAUUCUUUUGUUUAAUCUUCAUCUGUGAAAAUAACCUUUUGGUCAGUAUUUAAUGCAGGUAAACUCUUCUAGUAGUAAAAGUGCCUAAUUUGCUAACUUCUCAAUCAUUGCAAAUUGGAUUUUUAGGCUGCUAGUGCCAAUAUUCUUCUGAUGUGUACCUUGAUUUCCAGGAAUGUUACUGUUUAAUGCUGCUUCCUUUAUAUGAUGCCAUUAAUAAGAGGAACUUUGGCACAGUUAUGUGUAUUUUGAAUAUGAGGUGCUUACGUGUUAUACUAGCAAUGUGAGAUUAAUUUUCCUAAGUGUAAAGUAACUUAUAGGGCCCACAUUCUUUCCUUUUGAAUAUAGAAAACGUUUUCUGUUUUGCAGAGAAUAAUUUCUUAAGAAAAUCCAGUGUCUGACUACUACUUUGUUGAGGGCUUUCCAGGGACUCUAAAAGACUAAUUUUGGUUUAUUAAUCUAGCCUUAAUACAGGUUGCAAAUUAACAUAGCAACAUAUGCAAUAAUUAUCACUUUUACCAGAUAUUAUAUUGCACAUGGCUGUAUUCCUUAAUUUGAUUUUAUCAUGUCUUAAAGUAUGGAAAAUAAUGUAAUAGUUCCUGGGUGCCCUGCACUGUGAACAUUUCAGAUUGUUUACCUCUUCAGUUAGUAAUUAUAUUUUUAUUUUCUUGCAGAGAACUUAAAUAUUACACUCACAUAUUCCAAAAUGCAGGCAUAUGGUCUUCUUAGGUUUCUAUGUAUCAGUGAAGAAAAGGCAGUUCAUUGGCUGUAACUGAUUCUUGUUUCUCUAAUGGGGCAUUUUAAAGGAUGAAAAAUAAAUGAUCUGUGCAUGGAUCUGAACUCAUCUCCAUAAAAACAUUACUCUUUGACUGUUGGAUUCUGUACUGCUGUUUAGCAGAGGGCAUAGCAAUUAUUAAUCUGCCUUACUUAAUUGAAUUAACUAUGUCUUUUAAGAUCAAGUUAAGUCUGCUAUAAAAAUGUAGACUAAAUCAUCUGGGGAGUGUUUCUAUGUGUAUGCUUAGUAAAGCUUUACAUUUGUUCUUAACCUUUGUCUACUCUGUUAGGGAUAUAUAUAUUUUGUGUGGCAUGAAGUCUCAUAUCUUUCUUUGGAUGCUUUUAAAUAUUCAGAGAAAACAGAUUGAAAGAAGUAUUCCAGCUUCAAUUCUUCAUUUCUUUCUGGAUUAUGGGCUAAAUUUAAGCAGAAUUUUAAUAGAUUUGUUAUACAAUUGUGUGCAUGUUUGUUUCAGUUUAAAUGUAAAGUUUUAUUUCCAAGGCUGACAAAUAUACAAUGUAUGAUCAAACAGUUAAGUGAUGUAUUGAUAUAACCUUUUACACAGUUUUUUGUUUUUAUCACAAAGUAGGGAGUGCCGAAUGAGUUAAUAAAUAUGUGCUUAAAGCAGCUUUUGAUAUUUUAAAUCUAGAGGUGAUGGGGAUAGUGUAAGUGCCUCUUUUCCAGUGUUUUUUUUUUUUUUUCAUUGCUGCCUGCCUGAAAUAGAUCAAUGACAUUCUUUCUGCCUGGUAGCAGUGUUGCCUCAGAUGCUAUUUUAAAUUUCAGAUCAAACAUUUUGUGAGAUUUUUCUGGUUAGAUGUGUAGAUUUUGAUUUUCCUAUCCUAGAUCAAGUAUGUGGAACAUGGGUAUUUUUGUAGCUAUUAAUCAUGAAGCACUCAGUUCAAAUGUUCUGUUUCUCUUUUCUUACAUUUGAAUUCUUAUAGGUACAUCUAAUCAUGUGCACUGUGAAGGCUUCCUUAUAGGAAAGCUGCCUAUUACUAAAAUUGGAAUGUAUUUAAACGUGUAUUUUAUUCAAGAAGCGGGAAUUUGACUUAAACUGCUACUAUAUGCUGAAAACACGGAUGGAUGCAAAAUGUCUUCAAUGCUUAUAUUCAGUAUACAUUUCACUUGUUCCUCCAAGCGUGCUUAUCAGAAAUGAUGUAAAAAAGUCCCAUUUUUCUUACCUGAAUCUUGAAAAGACCUAUGUUUUUAUGGGUUUUGAAUUACACAUCCAUUUUUUAAUAUCAAUAUUCAGUCUUUUGUUUCAUUGAUCAGGAUUCAUCAAUCAAACUUGGUGUAUAUAUUCAAGGAGAUUUUGGAUUUUCCUUAGGCAACAGUAUCACAUAUUAGAUGGCAACAAUUUUUUUUAAACCAAGGGGUGUUUCUAAAGUAAUUUUGUAUGUGACAAAAGUUUCUAACACAGUUUUGUAUGUGUGGGGUGUGUGUGGAUAAAAAAUCCAGCUGGACACAUAUAAGCUUUUUGAUGUGAUAAAAGUAAUUAUAAUUUGGUUAAGUAACAUCAGAAAUAUUAGAGAAUUAAAAUUUUUCUAAAGUAGUUUUGUUAAUUUAACGUUGUGUAAAAACAGCUUUUUGCAACAUAUUGUAAAAUGUUAUAAAAUCAUUUUUUAAUUGGUAAAUCAGUUAAAUAGUCCAGUGUCGUAAAAUGAAUAUACAGUAUUCAUUGUGGCUUAUUUGUAGAAAAUGUAAAAAUCUUUCUAUAAUGGCACAUAUAUUAGUGUAAAUAUAAAUUUGAUGUCCAAAUUAGUUUUUCUUGACCAGAGUUUGUUUAUUCCUUAAAGACCAAUCUUAAUCCUUUGUAGUGAGUGGUCUCUCAAACAUGUUAAGGUGUUUUUCUUUGUUUUUAAAUAAAGCAAUUGUUAAUAUUCACUGUUACAUGGUAUAAAAGAAUGACACUGCAAUAGUAAUAGCUUGUUUUAGAUGAGAUGGCAAUGAAAAUUACAACCGAAGAUGCAAUUAUAGUAGAUAAUAAGAAUCCAUUUGAGAAUUUUUAUUGUUUCACACUUGGUCUAAUAUAUAUGGUUCAAAUAUCUUUACUGCUUGAAAAGACCUAAGGAAGAUUUGGGGCAAUAGACAGUGCAGAUUUUUGCAAUAAUUUGUUCUUGAAAAUGUUAUUUUACUAUUUUUAACAGCAAGAAACUUUGGUCCUGACCAAAAUGAGGAACAAUGAGUUGGUUAGUAGAGUAGUUCUUCUAUCAUAUGUUAGAGGAUAGAAUUUUUUUCCAUUUAUAUAUUUAAAAUAAACCAAGAUUAUCUUUGAAAUAUAAUCAGAUGCCAAGUAUGUAAUGUGUAUGAUUUUGUACGUACACCAAGGUAUUUAUAUUUUGAAAAGAAACAACUAUAAGAAUGGGACUUGUAAUAACAAAUAAUUUGAAAUACUAUGUUUCUGAACUGCAAGACUGUAGCGUGCUGCUUGGACUUUAUACCUGACACUGCAUAAGAACUGCAACUAACAUUUACAUACAUUAACAUACAUUAAAUGAUUUCAGUAUUUAAAUUGUAAAUUAUCCUUCUCAAGCAACUUGCCCUUAACAGGGAAUUUCAAUAAGCUUAGGGUGCUUUAUGCUGCAUUGUCACCAGUGUCUUUAUUGCUUUCUGGAUCUUCUAUGUUUUCCAUUUAUAUUUUUAAAAUAAACCAAGUUUGUCUUUAAAAUAUAA